AUGAUCCGUGCAAAGCAGUUAAGUAAUCUUUCCAGUACUGCAAGGUCCUUCUUUGUCAGUGGAUCACGUUGUGGAGCAGUAGAUGGUAGUUCAUGUACUUGUUCUGAAGAUGAAACUUGUAACUCAAAGGGGUUGCACACAAGGAGUAAUGGGUUACUUGCCCAUAAGGCAUCCACCUUAGCAUCCAAAACCCUAGCAGGGCUAGAAGCUUCAGCCUCAAGAGACGCAGUUAAAUUAUUGGGUUCCAAGAAAGGUGACAAUGUUAAGGGCAGAAAUCCUCUCCCACAGGUUGUCUCAUCUCCUGGUUCCUUUGUAAAGUCAGACGGUGCAACUUACGUAGAAAAUGGAGUUUCACAUUCUUCACCGCCUAUGUCCGACCAAUUUGUCAAAGUUGGUAUUGCUGCGGUUAGUUUUCUGUCUGAUAUGGUUAAUUACAAGAUCCCUAUGUCAGAUGGAAGUGGAAUAAAUUUGCCUCAAAAUUCUGUGAUUGAUUCCACCAGGCCAUGUUCCAAUGUAAAGUCAGUUCCUGUGAAAACUGUUAAGGCUGAGCAGUUUUCAAAAGUUUAUGCAAAAUCUUCAGAGGUAGCGGUGGGGUCAAGCACCUGUGACAGCUCUGCCCGUGCAAAGUGUAAAGGUGGUGACAGAGCAACUUCUGUUAGAAGCUCCAAACGAGGUUCUGCAGGUGAGCCUGCUUCCGUCAGUUCAUUGGAAACAAAGUACACCCCUUCUGAAACUUAUGACAAGAAGAAGACUGUAAAUCAGAGGCCGAGGACUCAACCAAAUAAGAGCAUACCAAAUUUCAAUGCCAAUGUACAUAAUCCUGAUGCAAAAGUGGGGCAGCCUGUCUCUUCAGGGUACAGAAAGUCAUUUAAAGAUGCUAGGGUGCCUGCAUCAAUGCCUUCUAUUGCCCGUCAUUCCUCAGGCAAUGGUCGUAUUGUGGAAAAUAUUUGCAGCAUACUGAGACAACUGGGAUGGAGUCCUGCAGCAGAGGCUGCUCUCGGAAAUCUUGAUUGUUCGAUGGAUGCUUAUCAAGCAAACCAAGUUCUGAAGCAACUACAGGAUCACACUGUUGCACAUGGCUUCUUUUAUUGGUUGAAAAGGAAACCGGGGUUCAAGCAUGAUGGUCAUACUUACACAACCAUGGUUGGUAUCCUCGGCCAGGCAAAGCAAUUCACUGCAAUCAACAAAUUGCUUGAUCAGAUGGUGAGGGAUGGAUGUCAGCCAAAUGUUGUGACAUAUAACCGCCUUAUUCACAGCUAUGGGCGAGCAAAUUAUCUGAAUGAAGCAGUUGAUGUGUUCGAUCAAAUGCAGAAGGAUGGAUGCGAACCCGAUCGUGUAACAUACUGCACCCUCAUAGAUAUACAUGCGAAAGCUGGGUAUCUCGAUUUUGCCAUGGAUAUGUAUGAAAGGAUGCAGGGAGCCGGACUAGCCCCCGACACAUUUACUUAUAGUGUGAUGAUAAAUUGCCUUGGAAAAGCUGGUCAUUUAGCUUCCGCCGACAAGCUGUUUUAUGAAAUGGUGGAACAUGGAUGCACUCCCAAUUUAGUUACCUACAAUAUCAUGAUUGCAUUGCAGGCAAAGGCGAGGAAUUAUGAAAGCGCCCUCAAGCUGUACCGAGACUUGCAGAGUGCAGGGUUCGAACCCGACAAAGUGACCUACAGCAUAGUAAUGGAAGCACUUGGACACCUGGGGUAUCUUGAUGAAGCUGAAGCAGUUUUCUCCGAAAUGAAACAGAGAAACUGGGUCCCGGAUGAGCCUGUGUAUGGUCUCCUAGUGGACUUAUGGGGAAAAUCUGGGAAUGUGGAGAAGGCAUGGGGUUGGUAUCAAGCCAUGCUUCAAACUGGACUCCGCCCGAACGUCCCCACUUGUAACUCCCUCCUCAGUGCAUUCCUUAGAGUGCAUAGACUUGGUGAUGCUUAUAGCUUACUUGAGAGUAUGCUCGGUUUGGGAUUAAUCCCAUCUUCACAGACUUACACCUUACUCCUCAGCUGCUGUACAGAGGCACGUUCCCCAUAUGACAUGGGGUUCUGUUGUGACCUCAUGGCAACCACAGGCCAUCCUGCACAUCUGUUUCUGCUGUCCAUGCCUUCUGCUGGAGCUGAUGGUCAGAACGUGAGAGAUCAUGUUGGGAAGUUCUUGGAUAUGAUGCGGAGUGAAGACAGAGAGAGCAAGAGGGGGCUAGUUGAUGCUGUUGUAGAUUUCCUUCACAAGUCCGGUUUGAAGGAGGAAGCUGGGUUAGUGUGGGAGGUUGCUGCUCAGAAGAACGUGUACCCAGAUGCCGUUAGAGAGAAGAGCUCUUGUUAUUGGCUCAUCAACCUGCACGUGAUGUCUGAUGGGACUGCUGUCACGGCCUUGUCCAGGACGCUUGCAUGGUUCCGCCGCGAAAUGAUGAUGUCCGGGGUUGGACCGAGUCGGAUCGAUAUAGUGACCGGGUGGGGACGGAGGAGCAGGGUGACAGGUGCUUCGAUGGUGAGGCAGGCAGUGCAGGAGUUGCUGCACAUGUUCAGUUUCCCAUUCUUCACGGUGAAUGGCAACACAGGGUGUUUUGUUGGGUGUGGUGAGCCGCUUAAUAAGUGGCUGCUGCAAUCUUAUGUAGAGCGGAUGCAUUUGUUGUGA